CCAUCUGAGUUUUUUUGAUCGGCAAAUCGUCUACUGGUUUUGCAUGAUGAAUGAUGUUAUCGGAAAAGCAAGUGAGUUCGUAGUUAAUCUUUUCUGUACCUGCUUUUGUGCCGAAGUCAACCAUAUUUGUAGGCUCGACAAGAAUCUAGAUGUUCUGGAAAAAGCCAUAAAAGUACUGACCGCAAGGCGAGAUGAUGUCUCGGCAAGGGUGGAUAGGGCCGAGGAAACAGGUCUACAGAGGCUUCAUGUAGUUGGGGUAUGGCUUGCUGCUGUCGAGAAGAUUGAAAAACAGGCACAUGAAACGACUACGGCUUGUACACGUGAAGGGUCGUCUCUUUGUGAUGUUUGCUCAAGAAAAUUGGUGUCAAGGUUUCGUUACGGGGGAGAGGUUUUCUCUAUGUUGGAAGAUGUUAGAGAGCUCACGGAGCGCAAAUUAAAUGAAGAUCUCAAUGCGGUAGCUGUACCACCUAUGGGAGAUGCGGUGGUGGAAAGGGAUCUACAACCCAUUAUUGUUGGUCAGGAAACAAUACUCGAAAGUGCAUGGAACCGCAUCAUGGAUGAGGGAACCCAGUCUAUGGGUCUAUAUGGCAUGGGGGGAGUAGGAAAAACAACUCUUCUUGAACAAAUCAACAAUAAGUUUUCUGGCGCAAAUGGUGGAUUUGACAAAGUAAUCUGGGUUGUGGUGUCAAAGGAUAAACCGAACGAGAAGAUUCAAGAUGAGAUUGGUGCGAAACUAGGCUUCACUAAAGAAGAUUGGAAAGAAAAAGAGACAAGCGAGAAGGUGAGUGACUUAUACGGUCGUAUGAAGAAUAAGAAGUUUGUCUUGUUAUUGGAUGACAUUUGGAGGGAAAUAGAUCUAAAAGAAAUAGGGGUCCCAACUCCAACAAAGAAAAACGGAUGCAAAAUAGUAUUCACCACUCGUUUAAGGGAAGUAUGUGGCCAAAUGGGAGUUCAUGACCCAAUGGAAGUAAAAUGUUUGGGUCGUGACGAAGCUUGGGACUUGUUCUGUGCUAAAGUUGGGGAAAUGACAUUAGAAAGCCACCCAGAUAUUCGUGAGCUCGCAUGCCAAGUUGCAGAAAAAUGUCAAGGUUUACCAUUGGCGCUGAAUAUCAUGGGUAAAAAUAUGUCAUCCAAGAGGACGGUGCAAGAAUGGAAGCUAGCAAAAGACACUCUUGCUUCCAAUGCUGCUGAAUUUCCUGGUAUGGAAGACCAUAUUUUUAUGGUUUUGAAGUAUAGUUACGAUAAGCUUGGAGAUGCCCACCAAAUCAAGUCUUGUUUUCAAUAUUGCGCUCUUUUUCCAGAAGAUUUUGCAAUACAAAAAGAGAAGUUGGUUGAUUACUGGAUAUGCGAAGAAUUCAUAGACGAAAAGCAAGGUAAAAAUUAUGCUACAAACCAGGCUUACGGGGUAAUUGGUACCCUUGUCAAAGCUUGUUUACUGAUUGAAGAAGGAGAAGACAAAUCGAAGGUGAAAAUGCAUGAUGUGGUUCGUGAGAUGGCAUUGUGGAUAGCAUCUAAUUUUAGAAAGGAUAAUGAGAGAUGUAUUGUGAAAGCUGGUGUUGGUUUAAGUGAAGUACCAACUGUGGAGAACUGGAGCUCUGUGAGAAGAAUGUCGUUGAUGUACAACGAGAUUGAAAACAUACAUGACAGUCCCAACUGCUCUGAGCUUACAACUCUGCUCUUCCAGAAAAAUGAGCUCUUAAAUAUCUCAGAUGAAUUCUUCAAGUACAUGCCCAGGUUAGUAGUAUUGGAUCUAUCAGAUAAUCGAUUUAUAAAUGGAUUUCCAACGGAUAUAUCAAAGUUGUUCUCCUUGCGAUAUCUAGACUUGUCGGAGAAUGGAGCUAUACAGAGUCUGUUUGCAGGCUUACUAAAAUUGCAAAAGCUGAUAUAUCUGAAUUUGGAGAGAACGGGACUUGAGAGUAUUUCUGGUAUAUCUAGUUUGUCGAGAUUGAGGACACUGCGACUACGACGUAACAAAUUGUCACACGAUCUCAAUGUAAUCAAGGAACUGGAGCUCUUAAAACAUUUAGAAGCGGUAACCAUAGAUAUCGGGUCAAGUUCAGUUGCAGAUCAAUUGUUCAAGGCUCCCAGAGUAGCUAAUGCUAUCCAUGAGCUAUUUAUUGAACAUCUUCAGGAGGAAGCAAAAUUUACUUUUCCAAAUAUGGCGGUUCUUUGUACGCUCGAGAUGUAUAAAAGUGCUAUGGUAGAGAUAAAUAUCGAGAGGAGAACACCAUCAUGGAGGAAAAGUCCAACAACAGCAAGCUUUCCAAGCCUCUCAACAGUGCGUUUAAGUUAUUGCCAUGGUCUAAAGGACUUGACAUGGCUUUUGUUCGCUCCAAACCUUACUGUUCUUACCGUUGCUAUCUCAACUCGAGUAGAAGAUAUAAUUAGCAAAGAAAAAGCUGCGGAUAUUCUCAUAGAAGAGGCAGGUACCAUUAUUCCUUUUCGAAAACUAGAGCAUUUCCAAGUGUAUAAUCUACCAAAACUGAAGAGCAUCUACUGGAGUCCUCUACCUUUCCCACGUCUAAAGAAGUUAAACAUAGGGAGGUGUCCUAAUCUGAGAAAGCUUCCACUGGAUUCUAAAAGUGGCAGCAGCAUCCCGGGUGAAGAGCUUGUCAUUCAUAAUGGAGAACAAUACUGGAUAGAAAAGGUUGAAUGGGAAGAUGAAGCGACUAAAAAGCGUUUCCUAUGUACCAUCAAUCCUUCCCAAUGAGCCACAAUAGGUUUCCAAAACCUGUUUCAGCUGUCAUAUUGGUCUGCUCCUCUCUGAGUCCUCUUUCAAAAAGAUUAGUGUGCCUAUGUGAUAUAUUCAUGUCUGUUUUAUAUAAUUGUUGUCUUAUGUGAAUCUCAUUACUCUUAAUUGCUAAUGUUAUAUGUGCUUAUGUUUGCGUUGA